UUCAACUUUAGAUGCGCCCCCCUUUAAGACUUCUUUGCGAUCGUAUCAUUGAGGUUCCUUUAGCGACGGUGUUUUUUUGUUACCAUAUAGUUAACUUAACUUAUGGCAUGUUAUUCGAUCUAUGCUAAUAACGUUCAGUAGUGUGAUUAAAUUGUGCAAUGUUACUACAAGAAAGUGCCAAUAUGGAACAAAGUGUGCCCGAAAAUCUAAGCACGCAUGUGUUUAACGACUGUGAAAUUAAAUUACAAGCAAGCAGUCAUGAUCCUGCGGACAGUGAGAAUGGCUCCAACUCCAAUAGUGAUCUGCCCACCAAAGAUUCAGUGACCAAUUCCAGUGUAACCAGUGAAAACCCUUUAACAAGCAAAAGCAACAACUCCACAACCAAAGUGAAACUCAGUUUCAGUGUCGAUCGUCUGUUGAGCUCCGAUCGCACAGAUCCUUUGGCAACCCUAUCAAUACCUUCAUCCACCCGACAAUGCUGUGACGGUGGUCUCUAUGCAUGCUGCACAUUUCCCAGCUGCUUUCCACAGACCACGGAAAGUGUCAAGCAUUCGCCCAUAAAUGUUCCACAUGCCUUCGCCUAUGCGGGAGUGGAUAAGUUCUAUCCAGGACUUUAUAUGGAUUAUAAGGCUGUGCUGAGGCCCACGCCUAUACGUGCUGCAGAGCAUGCUACAUCAUUUCCAACACUGGCCACGAAUGCGUUGCUGCGUUUCCACCAUCAGCAGCAGCAGCAGCAACAACAACAGCAACUGCAUCAGCAACAGUCGCAACAUUUACACCCGCAACAGCAACAUCCACACAAAGCAGCGACAUUGCUGCACAGUUCAACAUCCACUUUGAAUAGCCUGAAGAAUCUGCAGUUGACGCAACAGCAACGCUUUUUGGCCAAGACUGCGGCACAGCAGCAGCAGCAGCUACUGGACAUUCCCACAACGGCAACAGGUGUUGCGAUACAAAAUGGCGGACACACACACAACGGCAGCAAUCACAGCAAUGGCAGCAAUAGCAGCAGCACUCACAGCAACAAUGCCAACAGCAACAACAAUGCAAGUAGCAACGGCAACAACAACAAUGGCAAAAGAAAGCGUUCUUGGUCUCGAGCCGUUUUCACGAAUCUUCAACGCAAAGGACUUGAGAUACAAUUCCAGCAACAGAAAUACAUUACCAAACCAGAUAGACGUAAGCUGGCUGCCAGACUCAACCUCACAGAUGCACAGGUGAAAGUGUGGUUCCAGAAUCGACGCAUGAAAUGGCGACACACGCGAGAGAAUCUCAAGAGUGGCCAUGAGAAGCAACCUCCAUCGCAGUUGGGUUCGGGAGUCAGUGCAGCGAAGCCAAUGCUUCUGCCAACUGGAGCUGUGGCUGUCAGACCUCAUGAGCCAUUGGAUUAUAGUUCGGAUAGUUGUUCCAGUGUGGAGUUGAGCGACAAAGCCGACGAUGAUGAUAAUAUUGAAAUAGAUGUGGUAGAGUAACAAAACGUGCAAAUCAUUGUGAGUCAUGUAGUUUAUUAAUAAACAAAUAUAACGAAUUUAACUUAUUGCCAAUUAGAAAUUAAGUAAAUUAACAUGUAAAGA